AUGUUCUUGGAGAAGCGCUGCAGAGCACUCGAGAACGUUGAGCAUUCUAUGCAGACACCGACUGGUCAGGCGGUAAAAGCUAACAAGAACACUGGGCAUCAAAUUCGUGACUGCAAAUCCGGAUCGUGCCGCGCCUGUCAGUCGAAACACCACACGCUCUUGCAUUUCGAACGCUCAACUGCAUCGUUAAUCAAUAGUCAAGCCGAAGCUUCGUCGGCAGCUACAGUUCAAUCCAACGCUAUGACUGCAUCGUUAUCUGUGUCGCCUAGUGCCCCAGUAUCUCCUUCUGAUGCUGUGUUCCUAGCUACUGCCGUCGUUCUGGUAAAAAAUCGUGCUGGAAGCUUCGUGCCUUGCAGGGCGCUUUUAGAUUCUGGCUCCCAGUUACACUUUGUCACAACUCGCCUUGCAAACCAAUUGCAGCUUGUAAAAGCAAAAUCUUCUGCUACAGUAUCUGGCAUUGGAGAUGCCAAUUUCUCAACGGAGGGUUACUCAGUCGACCUCGUACUGAAGUCGGGGACUUCAGAUUUCUCAACAAACAUAACAGCUGUUGUUGUGCAAACCAUAACCGAUAACCAGCCUGGCUGCUCCGUGAGCACCAACGAGUGGAAUGUUCCGUCGAAUAUACAACUAGCUGAUCCUGGGUUCAACUUACCGCAGCGAAUUGAUCUGCUCAUUGGAGCAGCAUUGUUCUUCGAUCUGCUAUGUGUGGGGCAGAUACGCUUGGCAUAUGGUUUACCACUCCUUCAGAAAACACGCCUCGGUUGGGUGCUAUCUGGAGGGGGGCAACAAGCUCCAAAACUAUCAUCUUUUGUGGUGCGACGGAAGUCCUCCAGUGAUAUUAUUUCCACUCGGUUGGAAGAUUUAGUGCGUCAGUUCUGGGAAAUAGAGCACAACUUCGAGCCGAUCUCUAAGGCCUCCCAAGAAGAUAUCGACUGCGAAGCCCACUUCCGGGAAAAUUAUUUGCGAUUGUCAUCAGGCGAAUACUCAGUUCGUCUUCCCAUGAAGCGUGGUGUGGAGGCCCUUGGAGACUCCUAUUUGCAAGCUCGUCAACGCUUCGAAAGUCUUGAACGAAAAUUCGCUCGUAACCCUGAGCUUAAAACAGAAUAUAGUAAGUUCAUAAAGGAAUAUCUGGACCUUAAUCACAUGUCGCUAGUUACCAAUGAGGUUUUUCAACAAUGCAAGUAUUUUCUGCCGCAUCAUUGCGUCAUCAAGGAUGACAGUAGCACAACAAAGCUGAGAGUGGUUUUUGAUGGCUCUGCAUCCACUACUUCGGGCUUUUCGCUGAACGACCUACUCAUGGCAGGCCCAACUAUUCAGCCGAAACUUUUUAAUAUCCUUAUUAGAUUUCGUACUUUUCCCAUAGCACUUACUGGGGACAUCUGUAAGAUGUAUAGGUGUGUUCGCGUCACCCCACCAGAUAGCAUGCUCCAAUGCAUAUUGUGGCGUGAAUCUCCUCAGGAAAACUUUGCCAUCUAUAAGUUAGACACGCUGACUUAUGGAACUAAGCCUGCGUCAUUUCUGGCCAUACGUGCAAUGCACCAACUCGCAGCUGACGAAUCCUCGACUUAUCCCAUUGGUGCAGAAAUAGUGCGUCGAGACUUCUACGUAGAUGACUUGAUAUCUGGAGGCGAUUCGAUGGAAGAAGUACUGAAUAUCAAGCUACAAACAACUAGCCUCCUUGCUCGAGGAAACUUUAAGUUACGCAAGUGGUGCUCUAAUAGUCCAGAUAUCCUUCGUGAUAUACCUGACGUAGACAAGGAACGUUUCCUUAAGUUUGACGAUGGCAGUGACAUCACCAAAGCUCUGGGACUAGUUUGGGAUCCGGUCAAGGACAAGCUGCUAUUUUCGUUUGUGCCACAACGAGAACUCGGUAAAAACUCAAAACGCUCUGCGUUGUCUACUCUAGCUCGCUGUUACGAUCCCCUUGGACUAAUGGGCCCUACGCUGACCAAGGCGAAGAUUCUUCUGCAACGCAUGUGGAGAGACAAGCUUGAGUGGGAUGAGAGUCUACCGCAAUCGUUAAACACCGCCUGGUCUGCCUUUUGCAGCGGGUUUGCAGACAUACAGCACCUAUCAUUUCCUCGUUACGUCUUGCAACCUGGGGCCAUUACAGAAAUUCAUGCAUUUUGCGAUGCAAGCCUUGAAGCUUAUGGGGCUUGCGUUUAUACGCGUUCAGCCAAGGAUAGUAAGGUACAAGUGCACCUGUUGUGUUCGAAGGCCCGUGUCGCUCCACUGAAGACUAUCACCGUGCCCAAGCUGGAACUCUGUGCAGCAACACUGCUUGCACAACUCAUGGACUCCUCCACUGUCCUCUCGUGGCUGCGAGAAGAACCAUCGAAAUUUAACGUAUUUGUCGCUAACCGAAUUUCCACCAUACAUCAAUUAACGGAGGGCAUGCGGUGGCACUAUGUUCCGACAGCAAUGAAUCCGGCGGACAUUUUAUCCAAAGGAGCUACCCCGCAGGAACUUCUAGGAUCUUCACUUUGGAUGCACGGCCCGUCAUUUUUGCGAGAAGUGGAGGGCAGCUGGCCGCGCAUGUGUCUACCACAACCAAAACUUCCAGAACUUCGACAAAAGGUGUUGCUUGCCGCACAUAACCGCAAUGACAUUUCGCUUUCGUUCAAGUACAUUAAUUCAUUUGGAACAAUGCAGCGCAUUUUUGGCUCACAGCCGCAGAUAUUCACCAUGGAACUCAACUGCUUAUUCGCUUAG